AUGGGAUGAUCAAAUGUUAAGUGUGUGAGUGAUUUAUAAUAAUCCACUCCACAUUAGUAAUUACUCUGUAAUUGGAUAGCCUCUUUAACGCUCCAGCGUCGCCCACUCCACUGUCCGUGCUGAUUGGACAGAGCUUGGCCACAAACGGUGACUUCACAAAAAACAGAAGGCGACCCCAAAGAUAAAAAACAAGCCACGCUCAUCGACGUGACAGUGUCCUCCGUCCCUUUCACCUGUCAGUAGUCACAUCGCCCGCGCGCCUAUCAGAAAGGGACCGCGAGCGCUCCUUCACGCGUAACUGCACUUCAAAGUUGACCCAGGAACCAUUCCGUUCCGGCGUUAAGAUGCCCAGAGGAUUUUUAGUGAAGAGGCGCAAACGCGGCUCAGCGGCUUCUUACAGAACUCAUAAUGACGACAACGAACUGCCAAAAGCAGACCUGCCUGUGCACACACCGGAGGGGCGAACUGGUGUGCCAAAUGCGUGCCCAAUUGUGCCGUUAUCCGAGGAUGGUACAUUUGGAGAGCCAUGGACCAGCCACCCCGCUGAAGCGGACCAGGUGCAGCUGCCGGAGAGCGCAGACAAGGUGGAGAUCAGGGAGGACUUUGGGAAAUACCCACUACACCAUCCCCUCACUGAACCGGACCAUGACGGGUCUCCUGGCCGGGCUGACCUCUCCUAUAGCCCGAUAAAACCAGUUGGCACCGAGCUGGAAAAAUCUUUCUUCGACGGGUGUAUGAGUUCACCAACAGUGACAGAGCCGUUCCCGAUGAGCACACCCGUGUCCUCAAUAGAGAGACUUCUUCUAAAUCACGCACCCUUUGGACACUCUAUGAAAUUCGACCCACCUGUGCACCUCUACCCGUCUCUCCAUCAUGCUAUGAAACGCACGUACAUGGAGCCGGAGCGCAAGAUCAAGCCAGCAGCCAAAAAGCCUAAAGUGAUCAGGAAACUCAGUUUAGAGGACGAAAUCUCCACCUCACCCGUGCUUGGGCUGAGAAUUAAGAAGGAGACCCCCGAAUUUAAAGCAGCAACAGCAUCUUCUGGUAAUAAGAAACCGUUGGGAGAAUUCAUCUGCCAGCUCUGCAAGGAAGAAUAUCCUGACCCUUUCUCCCUCGCGCAACACAAGUGCUCCAGGAUAGUGCGCGUAGAGUACCGCUGUCCCGAGUGCGACAAAGUUUUCAGUUGUCCUGCCAACCUGGCCUCUCAUCGCAGGUGGCAUAAGCCUCGUCCGGUUAACAACGGAGAGGCACAGACCGCAAAAAAGUCACAACCGGAGGCACAAUUGCACGAGAAGACAUCCGUGGAAGGGAAAGAGAAUGCGAGCGAGUUGAGAGUUAACAAUCAGCACCACGUCUCUCUGGACAGCUCCGUGUGUCAGCGGGCCGUCACCGUGGACAGCUCCCACAGACAAGAGCAGCAACGCAGGAGGGCACAGGAGAGCCCGCCGCCCUUCGAUCCGCGCUACAGGGUCACAGAGAAAAGCAUGGACCUGCACAUCAGAGCGGUUGACAGCCCAAGCAUAAUGCAUUUUCCGGAGACUGACGUGGCCUCUCCCUUCUUACAGAACUCCGGGACAUUUGAGGAGAUUUACGAAUGUCGCUAUUGCAGCAAGAAGUUCCGAAGACAAGCGUAUCUGAGGAAACAUCUUGCGGCGCACGAGACAAUCAAAGUCUCGCCGUAUAACCAGAUAGAGAGUGGGCAAAUUACGUUUCCCUGUCACUUGUGCGGUGCCCAUUUCCCAUCCGCUGAAAUUCGGGACAAGCACAGAGUUUGGCACGCAAUGAGAGACGACAUUCUAAUGAAUCCAGGGAAGAGUGCGGGUAGACCAGACUUGAUAACACCAGACCUCACACAGGGAGAUCAACAGAUAUUCACCUGUAAGCACUGCCCCUCUACUUUCUUCAGUUCUCCCGGGCUCACGAGGCAUAUCAACAAGUCUCACCCUACAGAGAACCGGCAGGUGAUGCUGCUACAGAUGGCAGUCCGGCCCGGCUGUUAGUAGCCUAGUCUACUGUUACACUGGAACCCAUAAGUAACAAGUAGAUUAAUGAAUUAAUAGAUAUGAAAGUAUGAAUGUGUUUUCUUUGUACUACAUGUGAUUGUAUUGUAACUUAUUAUACUACCUGAUCAGGUGAAAAACAUUAGCCUAUCUAUUUUCAUGACAAUAUAUAUAUAUAUAUAUAUAUAUAUAUAUUUUUUUUGCAAUGACAGAUUAGCGUACAGACCACUAGGGCCACAUUUUAACACUUGCUUUUGGCCUAUAUUCACUAAUGUACAUUAUUGAUUGAUUUACAGUGUAAUGAUUGUUGAAACAUUUAACAGUGAAAAUGGGUAUAUAAAAUGUUUUAAAUAUUCAAGAGCUGUCAUUUUAAGCAUGUAAUGAAAAUAAGAGGGUGACCCUGUGAAUAGGUCACCUCAAAGAGUAUCAGACCUCACCACCUUUAUCUUAACCUAGUUCCUAUGGAAAGUGAAUGUGCUUGUUCAGUAUAGUUGUGUAAUUUAUUUCUAAACUAGCAAGGCUAUCAAUAUGUAUUUUCAUACAGAAAAUCAAGCUUACCUGUUAGAGUAUAAAACUGUUUUAGUGAGUUUAAAAAUGUAUUUAUUCUAUAAAAUGUAAUUGCUCAAUAAAUGCCUUCAUGAUGACGAUGGUUACAAUUACGUUGUAUUUUGAUAUGUAGCCUAGUGAACAUGAAAAAAACUAAAAUUGAUUGUCAAUAAACACAAGUCUAUGUGCAUAAUAGUGAUGGCUACUAUACAGUAUUUGACGAGAUUAUCACAGAGCUAUUCAAAGAACAAGCAGGUGGUAAGAAUACUUUUUAUUGUCAAAUUCCAUUGCACACCCACUCUCUUUCUGGAACAGCCAUUACAAAUGUAUAGAUACAAGUAUGACAAUACAAUUUCAUUUUGUGUGAUUGUGUGUGCGCGUGUGUGUAGAUGUUAUAUCAACACAUGCAGUUAGUAGGCCUACUGGCAUCAUGCAGUAUUUGGUCAGUAGUAACAUACAGUAUACCUCCAUAAAUGAGCAAGUCACUUCUGAGUGUAGGGAGAGCGCAAAACAAUCUUAUCCAAUCUCCUCAGCUUUAACUAAGGAUGCAGCAUGAUUUCCUCACUCUCUCUGGCAAGUUUUUAGUUCUCAUCCUCGGUCAUCUUAUAAUAAUAACAAUAAUUCAAUCGAAACUGACCUCACGCUCAUAUAUUCAAACGUAACACAAAAAUAACAUGAAUUUGACCUUAGACAUGGCAGCAGUUUUAAAAAGAUAUUACAACCAAAAGGUCCAAAACAGGUAUUUACAAUCCCUUUCCUCUAGUAGAGAACCUAUAGCUGAAAGCAAAUAACGAUAAAGUAUAGCACAAAAUAAUACAUCAUAAGAGCAAAGCAGAAUUCAAAGAUAAAUAUGCAGUGUUUGCUCUGCUAGUGUCGUAAAGUUGGACACAGUUGGCAACUGGAGUGACAAACGGGUGGGUCGUUCUUGAAUUGCAGUGGCAUUUGCCUCCUUUG